CAACGCCGAGAUGAAAAGAGGAAUCGUGAUAAAAGACGACUGGCCAGGCUACAGUCUGGAGCUGUUCACUUACCCUGAACACUACCAUGAAGACAUAGAGAGUGUUUACAUACCACAUGGGGUUAUCAUGGACAGGGUAGAGCGUCUGGCCCGCUACGUCAUGGAUGACUUCGGGGACAACUUCAUGGUGCUGUGCGUCUUGAAGGGGGGCUACAAGUUCUGCUCAGACCUGGUGGAGUUCAUCAAGGUUCUCGGCCGCAACUCCAACAAGUACCUGGAGACCCGGGUGGAGUUCAUCCGUCUGAAGAGCUACCUGAACGACCAAUCAACAGAGGAGCUGCACAUCAUAGGAAGCAGAGAUCUGUCUUUCCUGCGUGGAAAGAGUGUGCUCAUUGUUGAGGCCAUAGUUGACACAGGAAAGACCAUGAAGGCCCUUCUGCAGCAUGUGGAGACCUUUGAGCCCAAGUUGGUCAAGGUCGCAGGUUUGCUGGUGAAGAGGCUCCCUAACAUGGCUGAAAACCUGACAGACUAUGUUGGAUUUGAAAUCCCCAACCACUUCGUUGUCGGCUAUGCCUUGGACUACAAUGAAUACUUCCGCGACCUGAAUCAUAUCUGUGUUAUCAGCGAGACUGGGAAGAUGAAGUACAAGGUUUAAGAAGCAACGCACAGUUUUACAUUUGCGGCACGAAACCGUCAGCGAUAAUUAAAGGCUCAUUUUUGUUUUUCCAUUUCUGUAACAGCCGGUCAUUGCACUACUUUGUUUAAAUAUGCCACUGUUUAUUAUCAUUCCAAUGUAAAUUAAAAUUGUAAGUGAUUUAAAUUGAAAGAACAUCCUUCUUCUCAAAGCACGCA